AAAGAGGAUGGGUAGAGUGAGUGACAGAACAUAGAGAAAGAAAGACAGAGUCACACCUUAAGGAAAUUAACAAAACAACAGAAGGAGAACAAAAGACACAUCAUAUUGAAGGAUGGGACUUGUGCAAUGUCUUGUGAUUGUCUUGAUGUUACCUGCACAGUUGGUUCUCACCUCUCCGACAGAGCCGACCAAAUAUUACACCCUGCGCGGCAGAAGGUGUAGAUGGUGCCCUGCAGGUGAGUACCAGAGCUCUUGUACCGAGUGCUUGCCCUGUCCUGCUGGAACCUUCACAAUUGAGAGGAACCGAGAAGAAACCUGCCAUUCCUGCUACACAGACUGCAAAACAAAUUAUCAUCAGAAGGUGGUUCAGAACUGCACCAGCAAGUCCGAUUUAAAGUGCAUCUGUGAAGCAGGUUUCAAAUGCACUGCAAUGGUCCCAUUAUCAGAAAAUUGUAGAGACUGUGAGAAGAUCAAGGAAACAACCACAACAGAAGCAGCAACCAUUAUCUCAGACAAUGAUAAACACACACUGCCAUCAGCUUCCUCAGCUUCCUUGACUUCCUUGACUUCCUUGACUACCUCAGCUCCCUCCGGACAUAGCAGCACUUCUGCCAAACCCUGCCAAUUCCCCAAGUGUUCCGUGUCAGACUCAGUGGCAGGACAUAUCAAAACAGACAGCAGACAGCUGGCAGCCAUCUUGUGUCCUGUGGUUGCCAUCGGAUUUGUGGCCCUUAUAAUCCUGUUCUUUGUUCGUCGCCCCAGAAAUGAAUCAUGUUUCAAGCAAGUUAUUGCAUUGCUGCUAUGCAAUGAGGGAGGUAGAGAUGCUUCUCACAAGUCGAAGGAGUCAACUCAUCAGUUCCCCAGAGACUCAUUCAGUGCAAAGCAGCAGCCAUCAUCCCUUUCAGCAGCCAAUCUAGGUCCAGUCCAUGUCCACAAUCCGGGCACGGUCAUCUUUAGCUUGCUCAGUCAGUUUACAGGCCAGGUUGGUCCGACAAUUGAAGGUGGGAAGACGAUCGAGACGGGGAGUGGCGAAGAAGAAGACGAGAGAGACUGUCCCGUGUUUCAUCCCACAUCCUCUCCUAGUAUUCAUCUCUCUGAAGAGGAGAGGAGGGGAGAGACUGAAAGCAUUUUCUUUCCCUCCCAGGAGCAGGGAAAGGACUGCCAUGUUUCCAAAGAAGAGUCGCUAUGAUACAUUGUGAAAACCAAGAUUUGUGUUGGUGGUUAGGACCUCCAGCAUCCAGACUGAUCCUAAAAACAUUCUUUUAAAGGAAGGAACCAUAAAACUG